CAAUAGUGUCCUCACUAUUCCAUCGUUUGAAAUAAUUGAUUUGAUGAAAAGCAGCCAAAUGGAAGGUGAGAGACGGAGAAAAAGGCAAACAGAAGUCGGGCUGUGAAGAUCUAAAAGCUGAAUCUUAUAAGGAGGAAUUGGCGGAGAAUGGCAUCGGUGACUAAAGAGGACUGUUUGGAGAAAGAGGAAAUGGAAAUGGAUUCGCUGUUUGAGGGAAUGGUUCUGUUCAAUCCGAGUGGAGAUGUGGGACAAUUGGAUAAUGAAGCCCUUGAUGAGAACCUUUUCUCGGAUCUCACUCUCAUGAAUCCCCCCUCUCAAUCCCCAGUACUGCUUCAACAAGAAGAUGAACCCCAACCUCCCUCACCAGUAUCUCGGCAGAAUUCCAGUAGUAGGAGAAGAAAAAAAGCUGCAACUUUAAGGAUAGGAUAUGCCAGAGAUAAUGCGACCCUUGACGAUCCCUUGCCCCAUGGGACCCACCAAGAACAAAAACUUGAAGAAGAGGAAGCUGAGGGGUGGAGAGAGGAACAAAAGAACAUCAUCCUUAGUGGCACUGACUGUCUGGAUACUCCUAUCAUGGAUGCUAGUCUUCAUCUAAACCCAGUAGAGUUGAAAUUCGAGCAAAUCAGUGCCAGCAUUGCAGACAAGCUUAAGUUGGCCCGUGGGGCGGUAACCUCCGUGUCCGCACUGCGGAAAGAAUCUAUACGUAGGAGAAGAAAAGCUGUCGACGACUUCAGUGGGGCAUCUACCCGCCAUGCGGAGUUGGAGAAGAAGCUGGAUGAAGCUUGUGAAGCAGAGGAUUUUGAGACCGCUGAAAGGCUCAGUGUGAAUCUUGCUUCCGCAGACAAGGAAAAGGAACGCUUGCUCAUCCUCCUCAGAGAUGCUGAAAAACAGUGUGAUGUCCUUGACACUAAGAUGCAGGAGGUUCUUGAAUCGCUUAUUCAGGCCGAGGAGGAAUGUGUGUAUUUGCUACGAAGAUUUUCAGAGGAAGCUGCAAGUAAUGCAGAUUCAGUCCUGAUGAAUGCAGAAGCAAUAUCUUCAAAAGACAGUGCUGAGUGGCUUUCAUCAGUUGAAGCCAUAGAAGUCAGCAAGUUUGAAUUAGAAAUUCAAUCCCAACUAGUUCACGAAGCUAAGUCUGUUUUGGAUGAAUCAAUUGAUCACUCAGUGGAGGAUGAUCGGAGGGAAAUAGAUGUUCUUUGCAAGAGAAAAGAAGUAUUGGCGGAGGAACUGAGGAAGCUGCUUUCCUUAGUGAAAGAGAAGGAAGCAGAAAUAGCAGAAAAUGAUGCUCUCAUUCAAAAAGUUGAGCAUAGGAUUGAUGGGGUUGUCUCUUGCUUUAAAGAGGUUCAAGCAAGUAUAGCUAAUAAUUAUGAUAAAUUGCAGUCACACCUUUCGGAGCUGAUGGUCGAGAAUGAAGUUUUACGGAAAAGAAAGAAAGAUAUUGAUAGUUACCUUUCUCAACAAGAAUCCACAGGAGAAAAGAUUAAGAAUCUUUCCAGGAUUUCUGCUGAUGAAGCAAAUAUGUAUGAAGAAGUUGUUGGUCUUAGAAAGAGUCUGGCUAUGUUCAUCUCGAAAUCUAAGGCCUAUAGUGUGAACCUUGCCAAAAGUGAAGAAAGGAUUUUAGAGGAGGUGCAAAUUCUCAAGCAGGAAAUUUUUGCUGCAAGAUCUUCACUUCAGCAAAUGGGACAAACGUUAAAGUGGUCGACCUACAAAAAAGAGGCAUGCAAUGGUGUCUCAACUCUGGGAAAUGAAUUGAUAAAACUAGGAGGAGGACCUGAGAAACACUCCCAGCUUGUGUAUGGUGGUUCAUUUGGGAAGAAAAGAACUUGAGAGAUUCUGAGAGCAAAGCAGAGAAGAAUCACAGAUUAAAGUUCAAGUUUUUUUAUUUUGGCUUUUUAGUUUAAUAUGGAGAUUAGGGAGAGAGGGAGAGAGAGUGGGAUGAAGCAGGUCUAAAUGCGGAAUGAGUAAAAAGAAUUCUAGAUUCGCUAAAUACGCACGGAUCUCAAGAAAUUGAUAGUAUUUGAAAUAUCUUCCCUCCUUCGGAUUUUGGUGCUACCUCGUCUUGUUUUAGCAUCUUCGAUCACCAUGGUGUCUCAUCUACGGGUCAAUGCAUUUGGAGGUCUACAUAUGACAUGACCAAAUAUCUCAGAUGAUAUUUCCUCUGCUACUUUUUACCUUCUGCCUGAGUCAUACAUCCAUCUUAGCGUUUACAUUUUUGCUACACCCAUUUUGUGGAUAAGGGCCUAACAUUCACUCCUAUAUAGCAUUUUUGGUCUCAGAACCUUUAUAGAACUUGCCUUUUGGUUUAGUCUUAUUGCACAAUACGUUCCUCUAGCACUUUCAUUUCGGCCAUUGUAUUUUAUUUUGUGUUACAUCUUCAUCUAUCAUGCAAUUCUCUUGAAGGACUGAGGCUGAAUAUCUAAUUGUCUGCGCUGAGGCAUGAGAACACCAUUUAAUCUCACAUCAGGUUCAUUCUUCUUAUGUUGAUUAAGCAUUCAGCGCGUAUAUUCUGUCUUAGUUUGACUUAUCCUAAAACUCUUUAAAUGUUAUACUCUUUUAUUAGAUGUAUAACCAUGUGGGAAGACUUGAUUUGCAAAUAAUAAAUUCUCAGCAUUAGUAUUAAGAAGAAUUGUAUGUUUGUGCAUGGGAUAUUCAACCAGUAUUGCAUCUGAAAUAUUUGAGCUUCUUGGGACUUAAUUGGUAACCAUGAAGUCACCAAUAUAUCCAUGUGCACAUUUAAAUGCUACUGUGUGUAGGUUGUAGGCUUGAUUAUUGCCUUUCAGUUUAAUAAAGAUCGUUGUUUUUAUUUAUCCAGUGCUUGGAUAGUUUUUAGCAGUUCUUCGUUGUCCAUCUCAGUAAUAUUACU